AUGCUCAAUCACACGUCACGCCUCGCCGCCCUGGCCUCGGCCUUCUUGGCCAUCAACUCUGCAACAGCUCUUGAUUAUCCCGUCAAUGAUCCUGAUGCUCUCAGUUCCGCUGUGAAGCAGAUUGCUACCGGCGUCAUCGACUUUGAUGUAGAGGAUUACGGCGGUAUUGGCAACUUCCCCGACCCCUAUACCUGGGAGGAGUCGGCUACCGCGUGGGACUCCUUGUUGGAAUACUGGUACCUGACGGGCGACGCAUCGCACAAUGCCGCCGUGCAAGCCGCACUGCUCGGCCAGAUGGGGCCGGAUGACGACUACAUGCCGCCCAACCAAUCGUUAACACUCACGAACCACGGGCAAGCCAGGUGGGCUCUCACUGCCCUGUCAGCUGCAGAGCGUGGACUGCCUGCUGUUAGCGACAAGCCGACGUGGGAGAAGCUGGCAAGUGCUGUCUUCGAAGUCCAAGUCCCCCGCUGGGACGAGAAGACCUGCGGUGGCGGCAUGCGUGAAGCAAUCUUUACUUUUAGCGACGGCUACGACAGCAAGGAUACCUUUACCCAGGCCAGCUUCUUCCAGCUGGCUGCCCGCCUGGCCCGCUUCACCGGCAACCACACUUAUGCUGACUGGGCAGCGCGGGCCUAUGACUGGAUGCUCGCGACGGAGCUGAUCGACAAAGAUUCCCGAGUCUUCAGCCACGCAAACGCAUCGAGCAACUGCUCUAUCGUCUCCCACGAACAGUGGUCAGAGCCCGCCGCAUCCAUUGCCUAUGGCUGUGCCAUCCUAGCAAACAUCACUUCCUCCACCACCUGGUCCAACCGCACCACCUCCCACGUCUCCACCCUCCUCGCCACCUUCUUCCCCCCCUCAGCCAACAACACCAUCACCGAACCCUCCUGCCAUGAGACGACCGGUUCGCCGCCUGGAAGCGACGACUGCACCGACUCCACCCACGCCGGCUCCACCGCCUCCGCCCUCCACCACCUCUCCCUCAUCCCCCUGUUCCAACCCCACCUCUCCCCCGCCAUCGCCGCCGCCCUCUCCGCCACCGCCGCCGCUAUCACACCUCUCUGCAACAAUACCACCACCAAUACCACAACCAAUACCACAACCAGCGAGGACGUCAGCAGCAGCAGCGUCUCCUGCCACGGCCUAGGGCAGCAGCUCGCGGCGCUGGAAGCGCUGCAGAGCGGCUUUGUUGUCGUGGGCGAUGGUCGUGGUGGUGCUGGGGUCAAUGCGAGCGUCGUCCGACGGCUGCGCACGGCGAGUGGUAACGGGACUUCUGAUACUACUGCUGCUGCUGCGGAUGGCGACAGCGACGGCGACAGUAGCGGCGGUGGUGGAGACUCGACGGGCGCGGCGGCGGGUGGGGGUGGGUCCGUGUCGUUGUCGUUGUCGUUGUUGAUUGUGGCGGGGUUGGUGGCGGUGGGGAUGGCGGCGUUGUGA